UUGCGGACCCACGCGAUAGUAUACUUAUUUUUCUAUUUUCUUAUUUUCCGCAUCGUUAUCCGCUUUUCGUAGAAUUUCACUAGCUCUCACAUACGACACAUAUGUGGGUGAGAUCUGUCUUUACAUUUGGAGAGCUGUAUAUACGAACGUUCUUUAUUUCGUAGCUCGCUAAUUUUGCGUCGGUCGAUGUCACUAGCGAUCGACGAUCGAGGAUUACACGUGAAGUAUGUUAACGGGAUUAAUUAAAUCGCGAGUGACACGAGAGAUGAAAUUGAUCAAAGUCUUGUGGAGAAACUCCACUGUCGUAUAUAAGAAUGGAGUGCAGUGUAUAUCUUUGAGACAUAAAGGUACUACAACAUCAAAUGUAGCUGAAGUAGCAGUGUUUUCGCGAGACGGCGACUCCGGAAUGACAAUCACAGAUGCCGGAGAUACGAAGCCAAAGGAUGAUAUGAUCUUCAACGCUCUGGGGGCGACUGACGAGUUGUCGUCUUACAUAGGACUGGCGAGAGAGUUUGCUUGUGACAGCAAAGUUGAGCAUCCAUAUGUCGACAAGCUCAAAAGAGUACAGAUGAUCUUGUUUGAUCUGAAUCAUGCAAUAUCAAAGUCUAUGCCUGGAAAGACUAAGUCUUUUGAAAACAAACAUACUAAAGAUUUGGAAGAAUGGAUUCUUGAAUACGCGAAUCAGCUCCCUCCUCCCGAAGACUAUAUCAUUCCAGGCGGUGGAAAAGCUUGUGCUUCUCUGCAUGUUGCACGAACGGUAUGCAGGCGUGCCGAGAGGAGUAUCACAACACUAGUACGAGAGGGUGCUCUAGAUAAAGAGGCACAGACAUAUUUAAAUAGAUUAUCAGACUUUCUUCUAACAGUAUCACGUAUUGCGGCCAAAUGUGAUCAACGUACGGAAAAUAUUUAUAUUCCGCGAGCGGAUGUGAUGGAUGAGAAAUAAAAGGACUGAUUUACAAAUUUUUGUAGGAUAUUAACUUUUUGCACACACAAAUAUAAUACACACACACAUAUA